GACAUGGUUCACCAUGGAAUAAUUCAGAUAGCCAUUUUUCUGAGCUGCAUGUGACACACUCCCAGCAUGGUGACGGUCCGACAUUAGAUCUGUCUGGUAUAAUGUCACCCUGUGAGAUCAUUGAUAGAAUAUAUGAGGGAACUGUGGCAUGUUUCUUCCAUGACGGAAGUAGUGGAGAAUACGGAUUCACUACCAUGUAUAGGAAACCUGAGGAUACUGGUGGUCACACUGGAGAAGAUGUUAACAGUUGUUCCUCUAGUGAUACAUCACAAAGGAGCAAAGAAACUGCUUCAGGGGUCAAUAUGGGUUCCUCGAUAGAAAAAGGCAAGAGAAAAUCUUCCGAAGAAAAGUUGAGUAAGGCAACAAACAGUGAUGUUGAUUCUGAUUCUGACUUCCAUGACAUUUCUGAUUAUGCCUACGAAUGCAAAGCUAAACUUGUGGACCCAAGUAACACAGAGAUAACUGGACCUGUAAGGGGGGAAGCCAGAGAUGAGUCGGUCAAAGAUCAAUGUUCUACAAAUACUACAGGACAAACCAUACAGACAGGAGUACAAACACUCUCACAUGAUGUCACCUCAAAAGAUGUACCACAUAAUGUCAAAAAAGACCUUAGGCAAUCUUUGCCAACAGAAGCCAAAAUUGUCUGCAGGAAAUCACAAGUGGAAAUGAUAGAUGACAGCAAAAUAAAAGCAGACUCUGUAAAAGGAUCAAACUCAAGAGAUUUGUCUGAACCAAAUGCCAGCUGUAAAACUAAAAUGGUUGAAUCAGCUGACUCUGAGUCUGACAACAUUUCUUGUCUAGAUUUGGGUGGAGACAGAGAGAAACAGCAGAGAAAGUCACAAGAAUUGGCUGAUGAUCCUGUCAAUAAAACAGAGUCCAAGAAAUCUGCCCACGAGAAACACUCUUCAAAAAAAAUCUGCAGUGAAACAACAAAGCUAUCCAUGGUACCAUCAGAAUCUGAUUCUACUAGUGUUAACAGUCCCAACUGUGGCACGAAAGUACAAGCUUUUGUUUAUGAUGGCUCCUCAAGUGAUGAUUUCCUAUCUCAGAAUGUCCUCAAUAAAACUGUUACUGGAAAAAAGACUGAUUCCCCUGAGACAAAGUUUAAAAGUGAAACUAUCAAAGUUGGAUUUUCUGAUUCAGACAUUUCCUGUCUGGAUUUGGGCGGAAACAGUCAGAAACUGUGUGAAUCACAAGAGUUAGUAACGAAAGACUCUUUGGCUGAUGAUUCUGUCAAGAAUACAGACCAAAGAAAAUCUGCCCAAGGGAAGAUCGCUACAAAAAAAUUGAAAAGUGUAAAAACAAAGUUGUUUAUGGCACCGGCAGCUUCCAGAUCAGAUUCCAGUGGAGAUAACAGCUCCAAGUCUGGCACCAAAGUACAAGCUUUUGUUUAUGAUGGCUCCUCAAGUGAUGAUUUCCCAUCUUGUAAAACAGUUACUGGAAAAAAGACAGCUCCCCCUGAGACAAGAGCCGACAGUAAAACUGUAAAAGUCGGAAUAUCUGAUUCUGAGUCUGACAACAUUUCAUGUCUGGAUUUGGGCGGAGACAGUCAGAAAGAAUAUAAAUCACAAGAAUUGGUAAAGAAGGACUCCCCAGUUAAAGUUGAUCCUGUCAAAAACACAGACCCAAGAAAAUCUUCCAACGAGCAAUUAAUCCCUUCAAAAACGAUGAAGAGUGGAAAAACAAAGCUGUUUAUGGCACUAACAGCUCCUAGAUCUGAUUCCAGUGGAGAUAACAGCUCCAAGUCAGCAACUAAAGUACAAGCUUUUGUGUAUGAUGGCUUCUCAAGUGUCGAUUUCAUGUCUCAGAAUGUCCUCAAUAAAGCUAAAACUGGAAAACAGACCAAUUCCUGUGAGACAAGGGCCAACUGCAAAAUUGUAAAAGUUGGAUUAUCAGACUCUGAUGCUGACAACAUUCCCUGUCUGGAUUUGGGUGGACGCAGUCCUAAAACACAAGGGUUGGAUGAAGGUGGCUUAACUAAUAAUCCUGUUAGAAAAACAGACAACAAGAAAUCUGCACAGGGGAAGGUAUCAGCGAAAAAGAUAAAAAGCGAAAAAUCAAAGCUAUUUAUGGUACCAAUCUCUUCCACAUCGGAUUCCAGUAGUGCCAAUAGCUCCAAGUCUGGCACCAGAGUACAAGCUUUUGUUUAUGAUGGCUCCUCAAGUGAUGAUUUCCCAUCUCAGAAUGUCCUCAAUAAAAGUCUUACAGGAAAAAAGACUGAUUCCUCUGAGAUAAAGGCCAACAUUCCCAAAGUUAAAAAAGUUGGAUUAUCUGAUUUCGAGUGCAACGACAUUGCCUGUCUGGAUUUGGAUGGAGACAGUCAUAAAAUGCUUAAAACACAAGCAUUUGUUUGUGAGGACUCUUCAAGUGAUGAAGCGCUCCAACAGGAAGUUGCCUCAAAAUCAGUUAAAGAAAAAAAGGAAAGUUUGUCUGCCGAGUUGGCUUCAGAUGCUUGGGAUGAUGAUAUUUCCUGUAUAGACUUGGUUGACGAUACAGGCGAGAAACUUUGUAAAACCCAAGGUAUGGCUGAUGGUGGCUCCUCAUGUGGCAACAAUGUUUCUGUAAGAGUGGCGAAGGACACCAAAUUGUUAAAACAUAAGGGCAAAGCAGAAUCUGACCAUGACUCGGACAUUGGGUGCAUUCACAUUGAAGGAGGUAUUUCAAAAACAGGGACUGGUCAUGUGACAUCUCCAAAAACCAGCAUACAACAGAAAGGUUCAGCAGAGGCUGGUGACCGUGUUCAUCCUGUUGAGGACCGAAUGUUGGACCAGUCACAACUGACACAUACAGAUGGAAAACGGAGCACAACAUCCAAAUCUGAAGAUACCGCACAAUCCCCACCAAAUGGGUCAGAAAAUCUAACACGAAAGAGUGUGUCAAGUAACGUAGAAAAAACACAAGGAGCAGGGAAAAAGAAGGAAAUGUCUUUCUUAGGAAGUAUCAAAAAGACCCUAAAGAAGGGGGAUGUCAGGAGAAAACAGAAAGAUGGUCAACCAAUGACUACAACAAUGGCUUCAACUUCAAGAAAGAAGACCAAAAAGAGUAAAACCAAAAAUGUUGAUAGAUCAUCAGUUAAUUCCAGUGAACAUUUGGGAAAAAAUACAAAAGUUAAAAGUUCAUGGUUUCCGGUGUUGGGUUCUGUACAGAAUUGUAAUAUGUCCUUCCCAAAUUUAAUAGACGGUAACUCCAGAAUGCUUUCCUUACCUGGACUGGAAGUAGUCGAUGCUGAAACAACAGAUAGGAAUGAAGAAAUGUUAUCAGAGGCUACAACAUCACCAAAGGAUGCUAAGUCCACCAAAGAUGAGAGGUCAUCAGAUAGAUUUGAGCCUGUGCCGAUGACCAUACCAACCUUUAGACCAUCUAAAGAGAUCCCAUCUGAUACAGCUUCUGACCUUUCUUGUAUUGAUUUGGAGGACACUGUAGUCAAGACGGUUACUGUGGUAUCUAAACUGACACCAACAAAACAAUCAGCAGAACAUAAAAAAGAUGUGAUACAUGAUUCAUUUGUUAUCAAAAGACAAAGUUUGAUCGCCACCAUUGCACCAGCGGAAUCCAGGGCUUCACCACCAGUGGAAACACGUAUGAUGGAACCAGUCAACAAGACGUCUCCAGGCGCCAAGUCUGAUACAGAUUCUGACCUCUCCUGCUUAGAUUUGGAAAAGACUGAAAUCAAAUCUGUACAAUCUAAACCUACAACAAAACAAAAACAUGGUAAAACAACAAAACCCUCAUGUAGCACCAUGAGGAAAGGUGUGGGUACCACCAUUCCAGAGAGGAAAGUGGUAACCAGGUCAUCAACAGCUGGAACAGGUAUGAUGGAACCAGUCAACAAGAUGUCCCCAGGUGCCAAGUCUGAUACAGAUUCUGACCUCUCCUGUUUAGAUUUGGAAAAGACUGAAAUCAAAUCUGUAGAAUUUAAAUCUACACCAACACAACAAAAACAUGGACAAACAACAAACCCUUUAUGUAGCACAACUAAGAAAGGUGGGGCCGCCACCACCACUUUACCAAGAUCGAAAGAGUGCAGGUGGUCACCACCAGAUGAGAAAGUUGGAAACACACCAAUGUUGGGAACAACUGUAGCAUUUUCUUCUGGUACCAUCUCUAAUCCAGAUUCAGAUAUCUCUUGUAUUGACUUGGGAGAAUCUAAUGCAGCAGUGAAAACCAUGUUAAGCGGUGAAACCAGUCCUAGUAGUGCAACAACUAUCAGGAAGACUGAUUGCACAAAAAUGUCUCCAAACGUACAGAGAGUCCUUCACAAGACAAAGAGCAGGUGCAACCUUGGAUCAUCCCGGGGAUCCCUUUCUAAUGCAGAUUCCGAUGACUUGGAGGAGUUAGCAACCACUACAGCUACAAAAAGUACUGUUCAGAUGGAAACCAUUGGGAAUAAACCCUUACAAAAUCAGCAAGAAGCCAACACAAGUAAUGCCAAGAUAAAUUUGUUCACAGCAUCAUCAUUCUUACCAGGAGGGGGUCGGACGUCACCAACCACAAAACUGUCCACUAGGUCAUCAAACAGGAAUUACUCCGACUCGGAUUCAGAUUUAUCUGAUAACUCUAAGAUGAGUCUUACUACAAAUCCUCACGUUAAAAAAACUCCAGGAAAAUUAAAGAAGGCAGCCACAAAAUUUCUUUCAAACAUUAAAACAAAACUGAAGAGAGCCAAAACAAAAGCUGACCAAUCAGAUGUGACUAAUGAGCCUUGCCCAAUGUCAGCCGACUGCAGGCGAUCACCACCAGCAGAAACCAUGAUACACACCCCAAUGGCUGGCCCGUCCACUGUGUCCGACACCGAAUCAGACCUCUCCUGUAUCGAUCUGGACACCAGUAACAAUAAUGUAAACUGUUAUUCACAGGGAUGUCUGUCUAAAGAACUAAAAGAAUUUCUGUAUAGCAGAAAGCUUUCUUAUUACAAGUCAUCUCUGGCACAUCCAGGAACAUUGACUGAAAUUAAGGACAAAGUUAAUUUGUUCUCUUUACCUCGCCUGGAAUCUAAUCUGUCUUGUCUUGCUGCACUGGGGUUAGACACUGAUCUUGUUCCAACACACCAAAGAAAUAGAUCCUAAAAGAGACUACGCUUAAACAGAAGGUUUGGAGUUGUUUUAGAUACCAAAUGAUUUUUCAUGAACUAGGAAGAAAUGCUGCCCCUCCAAAUUGGUGAUGCGGACAUCCAAUUAUUCAAUGAACUAAGGAUGUACUAGUCUUUUGCAUAGAAUAAUAUUUUAAUAACAUUCUAUAUGAUUGUGUUUAUAUUGUUAAAACAUGUACAGGAAUAGUGCAAUAUUAUAACCUUCAGACAAGGUAAAGGGUCAAAGGUUAUAUUUGUUUCAAGAAGGUUGACAAAAUUCCUGAUAGUGAACAUUGGUAGCGGAAGGGUUUUUAUAUUGCUUUGUGCCAAAAUAUUGCCGAUUGUUUACAAAUAUGACUGUGAUAAUUUUCAAUGUGCCACAAAUUUUACACAUGUAUCUUAUUAUCAGUUGUUUGUUGCAAUCAGGAGUUUACAUGCACUUAUUCAUAUCUUAUUACAUAUGCAUAUACAUGUAUUUAAAAAAAAAGAAUUGAUAUGAAAUACAUUUUUGUGUGAUGUUCCAAUUACUUCAUAUAUGAACAUUGUUUUCCACAUUUACAUGGAAGAUAUUAAUAAUGAUCUGUAAGAUGGACAUGUUUUUUAAGAUUAGAAACUUUAUUGUGUACUUUUUAUGAAAUGUUGAAAAAAUAAAUGUGUAUUAAAUUA